UCCAGCUCACAAUCUUCACUCCCACCACAGGACAGCAAAGUACCACUUGGUCUUCUCGCCACAGUCCCCAUGUUUCAGCUCACUACUCCAGAAAGUGCCCUGGCAGAUGAGCCCUUGACCAUCCAAGUGACAGGUUUGCCUCCAUCCCAAGUGGUGACCCUCAGGGCCUCACUGACUGAUGAGAAGGGGAAUUUGUUUCAGUCAAGAGCCUUCUACAGGGCCUUCUACGAGGCUGGCCAAAUAGACCUGGAGUGAAUUCCAUCUUUGGGAGGUGACUAUGUAGGCAUCCAUCCAAUGGGCCUCUUCUGGUCUCUGAAACCUAAGAGGCAUUUCAGGAGGUUACUCAAGGAGGACAUGAUGAACAGCACCUUUUGGGUUACUUUGGACCUGUAUGAUUCCAUGUGCAGUGCUGGUUCUCACCCAGGGGUAGAACGAAAGCAGAACCGAGAAGGUCGAGUCUGUGGACCGUUUCUCCCUCCAGGCCCUGGCCCUUUCCCAGCAAUCAUUGAUUUGUUUGGAGGCAUGGAGGGGGGUUUAGGUGAACUUGGUGCCAGUGUUUUAGCUGCCCAUGGCUUCGCAGUGCUGGCAUUAGCCUACUUUGCUUAUGAAGACCUUCCUGACCGCCCUGAAAUAGAUUUGGAAUAUUUUGAGGACGUUGCCAACUUUCUACUGGCUCAUCCCAAGAUCCAGAGCACAGGGAUUGUAGUGAUCUCCGUGAGCAAAGGUGCAGAGAUCGGGCGCAUGGCCUGCUACCUGAAGCAGGUGGUGGCUACGAUCUGCAUCAAUGGGCCCAGCGUUGUCUGUGACUUUCCACUCAGGUACCGGGGUCUGGUUGUGGCCCCCAUCCCCUCAGCUCUAGAACGCAUACAGGUCCUCAGCUCUAGAACGCAUACAGGCCACAUCUCUGGGGCUGUGUGCCUGCGCCAAUUAAAGGAGAUCGUCAGAAAGAGCUUGCUUCCAGGGGAAAAGGCCCAAGGAUGGAUCCUUAUCUUAGGAGAGAAUGACCAACGCAUUGAGGGUAGAGCACAUGCAGAGCAGGCCAUGGACCAGCUGAAGAGCCCCAGGAAGAGCAAUGGAAGGAUGCUGAUCUACCCUGGGGCGGGCCAUCUCAUAGCACCGCCCUAUUCUCCCUUGUGCUUUGCCUCCUGGAACCCAGGCUUCUCCUCAGUCUUGCUCUGGGGAGGGGAUCCUGUGGCACAUGCUACAGCCCAGGAGCACUCCUGGGGAGAGAGUCAGAAAUUCUUCAGGCAACACCUCACUGAGACCAUAAGCAAACUCUACGCAAAGUUUGUGUGAUGAAAGCAUGGGGAGAAGAGGAGGAAAGAUGUACUCAUUACCUUGCUCAUGUAACUAUAACC